CAUAGUGUGUAAUAAUUAUAAAUAUUGACCUUAUCUCCACCUGCCGUGUUGCCUAACAGCGGAGGUGCGGGGACCUUCUUGAAUUUCACUAUUUUAAGGACAAGGUGUAUCAGGACAUAGGUUAAGGAUGGGGUCCGGGGCCUCACAAAUCGAUGAUGAGGAUGAUUAUAUCGAUGAAGAAUUAGACAAACCGAAAAAACCCGAACCUAAAAAAAAAACACAGAGAAAGUCACGGAAAGGUAACCAAAAUCCCGCCACUGGCGUCCCAAAGACAUCUAAAGAUGAACUACUGGCCGAUGUAGACUUCAAGUAUAUCGAUAACCAUGCCUUUAAGGCUCCCCAUUACCUGUUGUACACCUCCUUUGUGGAACUGGCUGACUAUCUAACAGAUGAGGGCGCCUGGCAGGAUGACCUUGUCAAGGUCAGGUCCGUGUUCCGCUGGAUUACGUCAUACAACCUCAAGAAAAUGCAGAUUGGUCCAAAUCCGCCCGCGAAUACUGUCUUAGAAUAUCUCAGCAAGAUCAACUGUAACAUCGGCAACCACGCCAACUUAUUCUACAUUCUGUGUCAAAUGGUGGACGUGCCUUGUGUUAUUGUUGAUGGUGUUACCAAAAGUUCUGCAUACAAACUCGGAGAACCACUAAACAAGAAAGCCAUCAAGGCUCAGUGGAAUGCCGUGUACGUCAGAGAUGAAUGGCGCCUCAUCGAUGUGUACUGGGCAACCACGUGUGUGGAAAUCAACACCGGGGACACUCCGGGGGAAGUCCAAAUCAGGAAAUACGCCAAGACGAAGGUGGACAAGAAGACCAAGCUGGACCACAGAGAGGAGGUGGACGAGUGUUACUUUUUCACCGAGCCCUAUCACCUGAUAUGGACCCAUCUUCCGGACGACGAAAAAUGGCAGCUUCUGCCUCAUCCAAUUAAAGAGUCGGAAUUUGAGAAACUUGUGUACGUACGAGAGCGAAUGCAUGAACUUGAAGUGGACUUUCCCGCCAAAAAGAAUAGGCGAGUGAACGUGUUUCUCAAACAAGGUAUCGGACACAUAGAAUUAGACCUUCCUCCAAAGCGGAGUAAGUUCUUGCGGUUUAAAUUCGCGUUUUAUCGAUCAAAAGGUUCAAUGGAUGAUGACAAGGAUAUUGAUGUGAUGCUGAAUAACUGUGUCAAAAUGAAUCAGACAGGGACUAACUUGUUCUUUGACUUUGAUGUGCCGGUUUGUGGAACCUUUAACUUUGAAAUCUAUGGAAAAGAUGCUAAUCACAAGGAUCUGCAAGAAUUCGACCUUAUGUGCACAUACUGCAUCCGAGCACCUGUUCCGGAAAGGAAACCGCUUCCGCUUCCGGAUAAUCCAGAAAUAGGUUGGGGUCCAAAUAUGAAGACUCUUAAAAGUGGAAUAAAGCCAGUUACUCACAAACGGUCCAAAAUAAUUACAGAUGAUGGCAUUCUGGAAAUAAAAAUUCAAGCUCCGAGAGAAUCCAAUCUGACGAUGGAGCUUAGGUCUGGAGUUGUUGAUGAUGCUGCAAUUGUAAAAUACGCCAUUCUUAGGUGGGAGGAAGGUCAUUACAUCAUUAACACGAGACUUCCAAAAGCUGGACAUUAUAUCAUGAAAAUAAACGCCCGCAAUCCUAAAAGGGGAACUGAGGUGGAGAAUGUGUUGAAUUACAUUAUAAAAAACAAUGGAAAACAGGAGAUUGAUAAUCCCUACCCGCACAUUGAGAACGGUGUCUUAGGAUCUACCGAGAGUGCCGAAAAUCUUGGCGUUCGUGCCGUGUUCGCAGAAAACAUUAUAAGAGCGAAGAAAGGCAAAACGGUUGUGGAAAUAGCAGCUGAUGAAGAAACAAAAAUCAUGCACGAAGUAGACUGCACGAACGAAGAGGGAAUGAACACUAUGGUAGCCAAAGCAUCACAGGAGGGGCAGAUUCACACGUACGAUUUGGGUCUACCCGUCGCAGGAGAGUACUCCCUUAACAUUUACGAGAAACAACAAACUGGUGUCAAUGUUUUGUAUGCAUUUUUAAUUUUAUCCACCGGAAAACCAAAGAAACCCGUCGGAAACAAGUCUGACAGGACCAAAUCGCGAGGUUCAUUGUCGAAUAAAUCAACAGUGAUUGACCUGUCAGACGUGCCUGUUAGCAAUAAAUCAAAUACAAACACGCCAAGACUGAUCACCAAAACAUUCCGCACAAAAGAAGUAGAGCUUUAUGUUCCUGCGCCUGAUGACACCGUUAACAUUGUCGCCAUUUUGACUCCGAAAGAAACUCCAACAAACACAAUAAAUGUGGCACCCCUUCGUAAAGAUGGAAGUAACUGGUUUAACGUACCGCUUGCUUCUGUUGGUGAAUAUAAAUUUGAUGUCAUGAAACAAAACAGCGACUCUUCCAUCAGCUAUAUCGCCAAAUAUAAGAUUCGUCGGCUAGACAUCAACGCAUCAGAGGCCAACCAACCGGAACAGCCAGCCUUUGACCCGGAUGCACACUUCAAGGCACGAGCGAAAAAGAAGGAAGAAGUUACACAGAAUCUGGAAGACGCCAUCGAAUCCCAGAGUGUUGGGAGGAUAGAGAAUGCGAUGAUUGUAUACGCCGGUAACGUUAGCAACAACAACCAGGAUCGUCUGCUGGAGAAGGCCGAGCAGACAUUGAAGACAUUGGCCGUCAGGAAAGAUUUACUGGGCGCAUACGAAAAGAGACACAUUCCCACACUGGAGCGAAUGUUAAACAGGGCACGCGCCAACAACUUCAACAAUAUCCUGGAUUCCGAGAUCGUGCUGGCUAGCCGUCUGCUGGACAGACUCAACAAUCUAAAGAGUCUCCGAAAGGAAGUCAUGAUGAAAGACUCGAAGGCUCUGACGGAACUGAAGCGUUACGCCAAUCCUCCGGCGGGGGUAUACGAGGUGAUGUCGUGUACGCUACUGCUGUUAGGACACCCGCCAUGGGAUAUAGACACAUGGGCAAAAUGUAGAGCAAUAAUAAGCCGCACCGGAAAAGAUUCAAUAAAAUUCAAAAUGGCUGAUUUUGACCCACGUGACGUGCCGCUAGAUGUCGCACUAGAUGGCAGAGACCUAAUAGAUCCAUUCACGGAGAAACAGAUUUAUGACGUCAGUCCAACGGCCGCUGCAUUCCAUUAUUGGGACACUCGUCAGCUAACGGAGGUCGAGACCACGGCUGUAUCUUUAGGAGGAAAGAAUUUCGCGCCAGACGAGGUGCAGGAACUCGAGACUAUCGCGGAGAGCGAGAACUCUGAAUUAAACGGUACAGACGUGUUACCUCUGACUGAGGAAAACCUCAAUCAGUUUGAUAAUACCUCCAAACAAAAUGGACAUGUUCAAUUCGACCCAAGUCCUUCUCCAAAAACAAACGGGCAUGGCCCGCCUCCAACCUCAAAUAACAUCAGCGACACACACUCACGGAAACCUAGCACAGCAUCACGCCCCCUAUCGGACAGAACCGUCUUAUCCAAUGGAAACUCUAGGCCCUCACCCCUCCCUCCUAUCACGCCCAGGGGUAUCUACACAAACGGAUCUCCAGCGUCGUCAAACGCCUCCUUAACACCACGGGGGCAAAAAAUAUUCAACUAUAGGACCUCCAGGAAGAGCGGCUUUGUAAAUCUGAGGAAACUCGGAAUUAUUCCUGAUUGGAAAGGCUGA